UGAAUACAGAAGUGAAUGGUGUGGAGUGAGAUUUUAGUGAUGGUCAGAGGAGACCAGUGGUGAGUGUGCUCAUUGCUGCUUAAAUGAACGAGGAUGCCGGGAGAUCUCGGGCAGCUGGCAGGAGCAUUCAGCACAUCGUGUCCUCUCUGCAGUCCGGGCCCUUCCACCUGAGUCAGCAGCACCAUGGGAAGUUCCUCCUCCUCCCUUGUUGAGGAGGCUGAGGGUGACGAUACACCCCGGGGUGCAGCUCUGCCCCCCUCUCCCAUCGUGGGAUGUCUGAGGAGCAGCCAGAGCACCUUCAUCCCUCGGCAGCUCCCCAGACCCAGCAGGCACAGAGAACGCAGUUUCUCAUCUGGUUCGAUGCCCAUACAGCGGAGCCAGUGGGCCUGUGGCUGCUGUACUUUCUUGAACGCACCCAGUGCCCCCCGCUGCUCCAUCUGUGAAGCCCCUCGGGAAAGACCCGACACCCGCUGGAUGUGGUAUGGGACCGGCGGGGAGGAUUUUCAUUGGUCCUGCCCACGCUGUACGCUGGCUAACUCCCCUGACAGUCUGGCCUGCUCUCUGUGCGGUUAUGCUGAAUCAAUGGACCGCCCCCAGGACAGAUCUGCAGACCAGCCCCGACCUCAGCGCUCCAGCAGCUGCUCUGGUCCCCUGAGGCCGCCAUCAACUGAGCCAUGUAGGCAGAAAAACAAAAAACAGCCAGAAGAUGCAGAUACACACAGCCUGGCUUGGGAUUGUUUGAGGUGCACUCUGCAGAACACACCCGCCUCCAUGUCCUGCUCUGCUUGUGGCGGACCACGCAAACUGUCUCUGCCCCAAAUCCCUGCUGAGGCCCUGCUUGUGCCUGAGGGCUGUGAUCACACAGCAGCACAGCAACCAGAACCUGCAGCGGGGGCGCGUUCACUUUCCAUAUCAACCAGAGGAGAGUUUUUUCCUGUGGAAGCUUCAUAUCUGAACACAGACUCCUCAGCGCUCAGUGUGCCCAAUAGCACAGUCCCCUGUAUUCGCAGAGAAGUGCCACCUCCAGAAGUCAGUCAGACACACAUCAGUCCUUCUCCUUCAGCACUUGCUGUGUCACAUCUGUCUGCACAACCGGAGCUCCUGCCAGGCAGACGCCUUAGCACCCUUAAAGAAGAAGUGUCACCGCUGUCACCUGCAUCAGAUGCCUUUGUAUCAUUUCCUCCUGCUGUCGUCCUCGUUAACAGGACAGGGGAGUGGUCAUGUCCAGCGUGCACUCUCAUUAACAAGAGCCAAGCCAAACACUGCCUGGCCUGCCACACUCCUCAGCAACACGCCACACAACCUAAACCAGUGGCGUCCCCGAAGAAGAUGGAGAGCACGCUGGUGGAGGUGCUGCGACAGAGUGAUGAAGGGGAAGCCAAGGCAUUGUGGGAGAACAUUGUGAGCUUCUGCAGAGAGAAUGCAGUGACCUUUGUGGAUGACAGUUUCCCUCCUGGUGCGAAGUCUGUGGGCUUCCCGGUGGACGACAGCGUCCAGCAUCGAGUCAAAAAGUGGCUUCGACCCCAAGAAAUCAGCUGCUGCACCUUCAGAGACCGUGGGCUAAAGUGGUCUGUUUUCCGCACAAUUCGCCCAACAGACAUCCUGCAAGGACUUCUGGGUAACUGCUGGUUCCUGAGUGCCUUGGCUGUUCUGGCUGAACGUCCCGAGCUGGUGGAGAAAGUGAUGGUGACCCGCUCGCUGUGUGCAGAAGGAGCCUAUCAGGUGCGUCUCUGCAAAGACGGCUCCUGGACCACAGUGCUCGUGGAUGACAUGUUGCCGUGUGACGAGACCGGCCAUCUGCUCUUCUCUCAGGCCCAGCGGAAGCAGCUUUGGGUAGCUCUGAUAGAAAAAGCCCUGGCCAAGCUCCAUGGUUCCUACUUUGCUCUGCAGGCAGGCCGCGCUAUUGAGGGCCUGUCCACGCUGACCGGAGCCCCCUGCGAAUCGCUGGCCCUGCAAGUCAGUGCCACCAACCCCAAGGAGGAGCCCAUCGACACAGACCUCAUCUGGGCCAAAAUGCUGAGCUCCAAAGAAGCAGGUUUUCUGAUGGGAGCGUCUUGUGGAGGAGGUAACAUGAAGGUAGAUGACAUGGAGUACGAGUCUCUGGGUCUACGUCCACGACAUGCCUACUCUGUCCUCGAUGUGCAGGAUGUUGACAGUCACAGAUUACUGCAGCUGAGGAACCCAUGGGGUCGGUUUUCCUGGACUGGACCCUGGGCUGACGACUGGCCAAACUGGCCUCCACACCUGAAGAGGGAACUGUGCGCCCAGCGAGCUGACGAUGGCCUGUUCUGGAUUGACUUCUGGGAUUUCAUCAGGUACUUUGAUUCAGUGGAUAUCUGUAAGAUUCAUUCAGACUGGCAGGAGGUUCGGGUCCCAGGUGUUUUUCCUCAAGGGGCUGGCAUCCCACUGACGGUGGCUUCGAUCACGGUGCUGGAGAGAACAGCUGUGGAACUGGCUUUAUUCCAGCAGGGCAGCAGACGAUGGGACACAGCAGAGAGCCACCUGUUGGAUUUGUGCGUGCUGGUCUUUCGGGUGGCCUACGACAGCGCCGGGGCUCUGACGCUGGGUCGUCUGCUGGCUCACAGCCGGCGCUCGGUGAGGAGGUUUGUGGGCUGUGAUGUCAUGCUGGAGCCAGGCGAGUACGCUGUGCUCUGCUGCGCUUUUAACCACUGGCGCAGCACCACACAGGGGACAGCGAACUGUGGCAGAUCAGAGGCUCCAGGUUACAUGCUGGCCAUCUACAGCUCCAGGCUGGUGAUGGUGGAGCAAGUACCAGCCUCCUACACAACCAUCGCCGACGCCAUCAUUCAGCUGACAGAAACCAAAGGAGAGAGACAUGAGGGUCGGGAGGGGAUGACAUGUUACUACCUGACACACGGCUGGGCGGGGCUCAUCGUCAUGGUGGAAAACAGACACCCCAGACACCACCUGCACGUGUCCUGUGACUGCAGCGACAGCUUCAAUGUGGUGUCAACACGCUGCAGCCUCAAAACCAUCGACAGCAUCCCGCCUCUGCACAGACAAGUGCUUGUGGUUUUGUCUCAGCUGGAGGGAAAUGCUGGAUUCUCCAUUACACACAGACUGGCUCACCGUAAGACCAUCCAGGCUUCUCUGGGGAACUGGAGCCCCUCAAAGGCAACACACAGUCCUGCUUUGAGCCCAGAGACUGCAGGCCUGCAUCAGCCUCGACCCCUCUGACUGCCUGACUGGGAGCUGCACAACCAUUUGGGGAAACUGGGAGGGACCAGGUGACAAAUCUGUUUUGUUCACUAGAACUGGGAUCAGGACAUCUGAACAGGGAGAACCAUUCUCUGAAGGAACAGUUCGACAUUUUGGGACUUAUGCCUGUUAAUGGAAAACAAGUUUAUUUCCCAAAAAUGUUGGACUUUUUACAAGAGAGCAUCAUAUUUAGUGAACAGAUAGACAAGUGACUGAUUGCUGUUUCAAUUAUAAAAAUGCCGUGACCCCGUUCAGGGACUAAGCGGUAGAAAAUGAAUGAAUGAAUGAAUGAAUUAUAAAAAUGUUUUUCACAACCCAAGCCAAUCAGAACCAGGAAUAAUCUCACUUGUUGAAUAAAACAUUAAAGAACAAGAAGGAGAGAAAGACAACCAUGCAGUAACAGUUAUGGCCCUUUAAGUUGACAAGUGAACAGGCCUGCCUCCCAAGUAAUGUCUAAUCCAAUCCAGCAGCUGCACAUCUCUUCACAAAGACAGAAAAGUGUUUUAGCAAACACAUGAUGCACUUUAUAGAUUACAUGUCAGAUCACUGGAUGGUCUUCAGGUACAAACUGUCUCAAUUGCACUGGUAGUUAAACAGAAGUUAUUAGUUGUGUCUGGAAUUUCUAGGUAAAGGUAAAAAAAAAAGGCAACACAGUGUUUAGUCACCUCAGUAAUACUCAGUCAUACUGCAGUCUAUUAAACAAAUUGUUUUAGUUUAGAGCUAUAGCAAAGAGUUGCUGUGUGAUUGCAUUAGCACUUUAUAAACUUUAAACUAUGCUGCAUUCUUGUGGUGUUUUAUUUUUAAGGAGAUGGUUUAAAAUAUGCUCAUGUAUUCCAAACCAUUGUAUUGCUAGAAAGAACAUAAAAACUAUGCAAAUGUUUGAAAACUGUUAAGAGGUUUCAUCACUUAUAACACACAGAGCUCCUUAUCUGUGGCUGAUCUAUUUGUGGAAUUAAGAUAGAACUUUAUGAGUUUUGUGAUGAUUGUGUAAUAUUUGAUUUUUAUUUUAUUUUUUUUUACAUUAAGGUUUCAUAUACUGUGGUAUGUAGGUUUACACAGGCACACUGCUCAGCACUGGACAGGGCCUAAUCAAGCUACUUAGGAAUUUUGGGCCAUGUUUGAACCUCCUGUUCCACCUCUUCCUAUGUUUCUUUGUUCUAUGAAAUCUUUAGACCGUACAGAGCAGCUAAACUCACGUCACCGACUUGUGACUUGAAAAGGAGUUAAAAAAGGGUGAACUGUGGCAAGGAUAUUCAUUUUUAUUAGCAAAUGUACAUGUAUGAAUAUAAAAUUUUACCAUAAUACAAAUAAAUUCA